UUAUCAGAAGACAUCGGGUACGUCUUGUAUAGUGCUCUCGGAUCAUUCUACAUUCCUUCAUGUAUCAUGGUAUUUGUGUACAUACGAAUUUAUUAUGCGGCUAAAGCUCGUGCCAGAAGAGGUAUAAGAAAACAACCGAGAAAACCGCCUAAUGAGCAGGAAACGAAAUUUUCGAAUUCCAAGACUAUUCCAAUGCCUCCUGGACCCAGUGCCUGUAAAGAUCAGCUCAAAAUGCCAUCAAAUCAACAGCAGCAGAUUGCUACGAUUGAACAGCCACCGAAAAAUGGCACGACAGAGCAACAAGUGCCUGGAACGUCAGCUGCAAAUAUAUCAAUACCGAUAGUAACCUGUGAUUUUGCUUCCGACAUCUCAACGAGUGAAGCUGGUGCUGAAAAUGAGAGCGAAUAUCGUGAUACGUUAAGGGUGGAUGGAAUGCCACAAGAUGGCAAAUCAAAGCUAUCAACACUGACUGAAAUAACUUCGAAUAGUAAUAAUGGUACAUCAGGUGCGACGUCAUAUAUUGAAGUCAAAAAUCCUGGUUCAUCGCUUAGUAAAAAGUUGUCAAUAUCACCGAACACAGGUCGAUGUCGAGCACUUUCUGUUGGUAUCGAUACCGAUGCUGUCAGUGAAUUCGAGCCAUCUAGUUCUGAUUCCGGUGUAGUUAGUCGUUGUGCUGUAGUUAAGCCAUUAAAAUUUCGAUUAUGUCAGCCGAUAUUUGGUAAGCGUGUGUCAAAAUCAACGAAUAAAGAUCAACAUCAUCAUAAUCACCAUCAAAAUAAUGGCAAUAAGAAACAUAAAAAUCAUAAUAAACAAAAGCAGAAUGCGGUGUCAACAGUCGCAACAUCACCAAACUCAAACUGUGAAGUGGAACCAGCGCUGCCAAAGGCUAAAGUGCGUGAUCCUGAAAAGGAGAAACGAAGAAUAGCACGGAAAAAGGAAAAGCGUGCAACACUCAUCUUAGGUCUUAUAAUGGGCAGCUUUAUUGCAUGUUGGUUGCCUUUCUUCUUUCUUUAUAUUCUUGUUCCCGCAUGCCCUUCAUGUAAGAUACCAGACACGUUUUUUGCUAUCGCCUUCUGGCUUGGUUACAUGAAUUCUGCACUCAAUCCAGCCAUUUACACGAUUUUUAACAAAGAUUUUCGUCGAGCAUUUCGUCGCAUACUGUUCAAGUGA